UAAACCAGUCCCAUCCUGUAAAAGCUGUGGUCUAUUUGUGGCUCCUCUCUCUUCUCUCGCAGGAACGCUGCGCUGGACGUGGAACCCAUCUACGCGUUCCGAGGACACAGGGGCCCGGUGCUCUCGGUGGCCAUGGGUUGCAACAGCGAGUCCUGCUACAGUGGGGGAUCAGACGCCAGAAUCCGCUGUUGGAAGAUCCCCGAUCUUGGCAUGGACCCUUACGACGGCUACGAUCCAAGCGUGCUCCACACUGUCCUGGACGGCCACACAGACGCCGUCUGGAGUCUGGCGUUCAGCCUCGCCAGGAAUCGCUUGGCUUCCUGCUCGGCAGACGGCACCGUGAGGAUAUGGGACCCCUGCAGCGGCUCCUGUCUUAGCACCUACAACGGGGACAGCAAAAAUGGCACCCCGACCUCCGUCGCCUUCUCCAGCACCGAUGCCACGCGGGUGGUGGCAGCCUUCCAGACGGGCAGAGCGGUGCUCUACGAUGCGGAGGCCUCCUGCCCCAUCCUGACCUUUGAGGGCAGACCUGCCGGCGGAGCCAGUCAGAUCAACCAAGUGGUGAGUCACCCCACCCAGCCUGUCACCAUCACGGCGCACGAUGACCGAGGGAUUCGUUUCCUAGACAAUCGGACAGGUAAGGGG